AUGGCAGACGGUUCAGAUCUCAAGAACAGCAAGAAAGCUGAGCUGGACAAAAGCCUGCCCGGCUUGAGUAUUGGUAGUCCGCAAGGGCAAAAAGACCUUGACGAGAUCCCUCCCGACUAUGCGACUGGCAUCCGACUCGUCCUCAUCAUAUUCACGAUCUUCGUGAGAACCCUACUUGUCUCUCUGGAGAUUGGUAUCAUCGCAACCGCAAUUCCCAAAAUCACCAACGAUUUCCGAAAACUCAACGAUGUGGGCUGGUAUGGAUGCGCGACGUUCUUCCUCGCGGCCUCGACCUCGCCACUCCGGGGAAAGCUGUUCAAGUACCUUAACGUGAAGUGGGUUUAUCUCAGCGGGGUGGGUAUAUUUUUGGUGGGCAGCAUUGUAGCAGCAGCAGCACAGAAUAAAGUGUCCGUCAUCAUUGGACGUGCUAUUCAAGGUUGGGGAGCAUCUGGUGUCCUCGGAGGCACCCUCAUCGUUAUCAACUACGUCGCCCCGCCGAGAAACCAUCGCUUCUCAUCGGCACCUAGAUGCUAUCCUUGCACCGGGUGUGGGAGAACGAGUUCCAUCAAAGGAAGCGCCUUCACCACUGGUGGUUCCAAUAUUCGUAAGAACAUUUUCGAGAUCCUCGAGAAAUUCCUGACUGAUACAGGGGGAGCCACGUCGUCGACAACCGUUACAAGAGAUACUCGCAAUGCGUGGAUCGAAUCUACAUUUCAUCUUCCGGCGCUUGCAUUCCCAGCAACUGUGGGUGCCUUUGCGCACUUUUCUCCGUUUGGGCUGCCCGUGGGUGUCAUGAGAUGA